AUGAAAGCAUUCCUUCUAUCCGCUCUCGCCACUCUUUCUCUGGCGUCGGCGCCUCCUGCCAAACGCCAGAUCACAACCAGCACGACCGGAACCAGCGAUGGAUGGUACUAUUCCUUCUGGACGAACGGCGGCGGGACCGUCGACUACACGAACGAUGACGGGGGAGAGUAUACCGUCACCUGGGAGGACUGUGGGGAUUUCACCUGCGGCAAGGGAUGGGAGGUGGGAAGCGAGAGGGACAUUACCUUUUCUGCCGACUUUUCACCGUCUGGAAACGCAUACCUGGCCGUGUACGGGUGGACGGAAAACCCGUUGAUCGAGUACUACAUCCUGGAGAACUACGGGGACUACGAUCCCGGAACGGAGAUGACAUACAUGGGUAGCGUGGAGAGCGACGGCUCGCUGUAUUACAUCUACGAGCAUGAGCAGGUGGACCAGCCGUCGGUGGAGAGCGACUCGUCUACCUUUAUGCAGUACUGGUCUAUCCGCGUGGAUCUGCGCUCCGAGGGAACCGUGACGACUGCCAACCACUUUGCGGCCUGGGAGGAGCUGGGGAUGAGUCUGGGGAGCGACUUUAACUACCAGAUCAUGUUGACGGAGGGGUAUGAGAGCAGUGGCAGCUCUAUCGUUACUGUGUCUUAG